CCGCCGCACUGAGUGUGACAGGCGUCUCGGGGCUCCACCUUUUCUGCUGCCGCGUCCUGCUCUUCCUCCCUUUCCUCUUCCCCGCCUGUCCCGCCGCGCUGCGGGGGGACACGGGGACGGAAGCUGAGCCGCGACGGGUUGCGUGCAGCCGCCACCAUGCAGAUCACACUGAAAACACUGCAGCAGCAGACCUUCCGGAUUGACAUCGACCCCGAGGAGACGGUAAAGGCACUAAAAGAGAAGAUUGAAUCAGAGAGGGGGCAAGAUGCUUUUCCAGUAGCUGGCCAAAAACUAAUUUAUGCAGGCAAAAUCCUUAAUGAUGAUACUGCUCUUAAAGAAUACAAAAUUGAUGAGAAGAACUUUGUGGUGGUUAUGGUGACAAAACCCAAAGCAGCAGCUGGAGUUACUCAGCAGCCAAAUGCUACUACCGCUGUUAGCUUGACAACUGCAGCUCCCACACCAGUCACUGCACCAGUCCCUGCUGCUGCCCCUGUGCCAGCUCCUGUCCCUCCACCACCAGUGCUAGAUGCAGUUGCCUGUGAAUCUGAACCUGUGAGUGCUCUGGAAGAAGAGAAGCCAGUAGAAGACCCACCUGCUGAGGCACCAGCUGCUCUCAGCUCAUUAGCAACUGACAGUACAACAGGUGAUACAUCUCGAUCAAAUCUUUUUGAGGAUGCUAUAAGUGCACUUGUGACAGGUCAGUCAUAUGAGAAUAUGGUGACUGAGAUCAUGUCAAUGGGCUAUGAACGAGAGCAAGUAAUUGCAGCACUGAGGGCGAGCUUCAACAAUCCUGACAGAGCAGUGGAAUACCUUUUAAUGGGUAUCCCGGGAGAUAAUCAAGCUGUGGCUGAACCCCCUCAAGCAUCAAACACUGGUGCCCCUCAAUCUUCAGCAGUGGCAGCAUCAGUAGCAACUAUACCUACAACUACUAGUUCAUUAGGAGGACAUCCACUUGAGUUUCUACGAAAUCAGCCUCAGUUCCAGCAGAUGAGACAAAUUAUUCAGCAAAAUCCUUCCCUGUUACCAGCAUUGCUACAGCAGAUUGGACGAGAAAACCCUCAACUACUCCAGCAAAUAAGCCAACACCAGGAACAUUUUAUUCAUAUGUUGAAUGAGCCAGUUCUAGAGUCCCGCCAAGGUUUAAGUAGCAGUGAUGAUGGUGCCAGCACUGGAGGUGUAGUGGAAGCUGGAAAUGGUCAUAUGAACUACAUUCAAGUAACACCUCAAGAAAAAGAAGCUAUAGAAAGGUUGAAGGCAUUAGGAUUUCCUGAAGGACUUGUGAUACAGGCAUAUUUUGCAUGUGAGAAGAAUGAAAACUUGGCUGCCAACUUUCUUCUACAGCAGAACUUUGAUGAAGACUGAGAGACUCUCUUUUUUUUUUUUU